UUCCUGCCUUUAAAACUUCCCACUCCUUCUGCUGCUGUUACACAUGCUGCCACGGGAGCGAGAUGUGAAAACAGUCAUGUUCUCCAAUGUGGCGUGGACACACAGAGACGGGAAGGCACCUGACGGGGGUCCACGUGUCCACGUCUCUUCCACUUUGGCUGGUUUGAAGAUGGCACAAUGAGAAGUUGGAGGAAGCACGGUGCAGCAGAAGGUCAGAGGACAUAAAUUUGGAGGGAGCUCUUGAAGAACAGCAAGGGAAGUCCCCUGAGGAGGAGACAUCUGGACAAGAGGGACACUGUUUUGUCCAAGAGAGGAAAAACGUGGUGAAGCAUGAGAGAGGAGGAGUUGUCUAAUGAUAAUCAACCCGAGGGAAGAGGGGUUUCCAGCAGAGAGAGCACGAGGAAACCUCUGUCUAAUGCCUGUCCUGUUGUCGUAGCAACACCUGGGAUCUCCAGGCGUAAGCGUCCGAUGGGCUCACACAUGGAGGACCACCUCACCACGAUCAUCCCUACAACACCGGACGAUGACAAAUGCAAACCUGGGGAUGACUUCCAGAUUUAUUCUCUAGCCGGUCCAAAAAGACUGAAGAGGAGCCCUCAGCACCGACCGCCUUCGUCUGGUCCGUCCCUGUCUCCUCUACCUGGUCUCAGUCCCGGUGGACUCCCAGCCCUCGAGGACCCACACGCUCAGCGAGUCAUCGCCAACAUCCGCGAGCGCCAAAGGACGCAGUCCCUGAACGAAGCGUUUGCCUCGCUACGCAAGAUCAUCCCAACUCUUCCCUCCGACAAACUGAGCAAGAUCCAGACCCUGAAGCUGGCGUCCCGCUACAUCGACUUCCUCUACCAGGUGCUGCAGAGCAACGAGAUGGACAGCAAGCUCUCAGGAUGUAACUAUUUGGCUCAUGAGAGGCUAAGCUACGCCUUUUCUAUCUGGAGGAUGGAAGGAGCCUGGUCAUCCAUGUCAACUGGUCACUAGCAGGGUCAAAAACAUUCUUCUUAAGUGUCAGGGAGGCUUUUGUACAUACAGAACUCGUCAGGAGGUCGUCUUAAGCCCUUUUGGUGUUUUUUUAAUCUACUAAGUCAGAUGUAGGCAUGGAUUGUUGCUAUUCCACUGAUUUAUUGGUGACGGUGGAUUAUAGGGUAGUUUUUAAAUAUUUUUGUGCCUUGUUUACGUGUCAUAGAGGAGGGCAGAAAAUAAAAUCAACUUUUGAGUUUUUGAACUUUCCGAUUAGUAAAAAAUGUUUCCUUGGACCCAUUUUUUUUUCUCAGGUGACACCGAUCCACAGUUGUUCUAUUCAUGCGUCCAGAAGGCAAGUAUGAGCUGGAAACCAAACAAGGAGCUUGAGGAAAGAACAAGAAAACAAGACCAUCUAACUUGAAACCUUUAACUUGACAAAAAUCUAUAUUACAUGAAUCCCUCACCACCUUUAAACCCACCUAAUCGUCGGGGGAAGAAGUAGCCACGUGCAUUUGAGACUUUAAGACCAAACCAAGCCGAUUCUUUCUUUUCCUCUCGUCCCGGCCCUAAACUUGCUUGGGUUGCAUGAAACUGGGAUCCGGCUAGCUGACGGGGAGGCGUAAUGAAAACAAACGGUCUCUAGAAGCCAUCAAUCACACACGCCAUCAUCAAAGGGGAGGCUGAUGCGGCUCCCCACUGGGCUUCCACAACCACUGGGAGUGAUGGAGAAGGUGAGAGCUGAGUUGUGCACACAAACGCAGACGUGAAGGCGGAGCUUAUGCACACAUUCACAACAAUCGUUUACAUGCUUUCAAAAUUUGUUGUUUAUUUGUUUAAAACUGAUAUCAUAAAUAAAAUAUUCAUCACUU